AUGGCCGUCGCUAUUGCCCCACCCCAGAGCGACGUCGAAGAGGAGGAUGCGGUCAGCGCCGACGGCGCCCCCAAGGAGGACACGGAUGAGGCCGGCGGUGACGUGGAGGCGGAGGCAGAGGCGGAACCGGAGAUGGAGGCCGACCUGGGUAGUCAGGACAUGAUUGACGACCCCGUCCGUAUGUACCUUCGGGAGAUCGGACGGGUGCACCUGCUCACGGCCAAGGACGAGCGCUCCCUGGCGCGCCGUAUGGAGGAGGAGGGUAACCGGGCGCAGAAACACCUGGCGGAAGCGAACCUUAGGCUGGUGGUUAGCGUAGCCAAGAAGUACAUCGGGCGCGGUAUGUCACUGCUGGACCUGGUCCAGGAAGGGAAUAUCGGCCUGAUUCGCGCCGUGGAGAAGUUCGAUUACCGCAAGGGAUACAAGUUCAGCACCUACGCAACCUGGUGGAUACGCCAGGCCAUCACGAGGGCCAUCGCCGACCAGGCCCGCACCAUUCGCAUUCCUGUGCACAUGGUCGAGACCAUCAACAAGCUGAUGCGCACCAGCCGACGCCUGGUGCAGGAGUACGGGCGGGAGCCGACCAGCGAGGAGAUAGGGCGGGAUAUGGAUGUCAGCCCCGAAAAGGUGCGCGAGAUCCUCAAGAUUUCCCAGGAACCGGUCUCCCUGGAGACUCCCAUUGGAGAGGAAGAGGACAACCACCUUGGGGACUUCAUAGAGGACCGGGGUGCAGUGGCGCCGGCGGAGGCCGCAUCGUACCAACUCCUCAAGGAGCAGGUGGAGGAUGUGCUGGACACCCUCAACCUACGGGAGCGGCGCGUGCUCCAGCUGCGCUUCGGGCUAGAGGACGGCCGCAGCCGCACACUGGAAGAAGUGGGCAAGGAGUUCGGCGUCACCCGCGAGCGCAUCCGGCAGAUAGAGGCCAAGGCGCUCAGAAAGCUGCGUCAUCCCUCCCGCUCAAAGAAGCUCCGGGACUUCCUGGAGUAG